AUGCGUCUUAAUCCUGAGAAGUGUGUCUUUGGGGUGCCGGCCGGGAAAUUUCUGGGUUUCAUGCUGACCGCCCGAGGCAUAGAGGCAAACCCAGACAAAUGCGCCGCUAUUACUGAGAUGAGAAGUCCCAAGAACUUGACGGAGAUCCAACGGCUGAUAGGACGGCUAACUUUUCUGGCGCGUUUCUUACCCAGACUAACGGAGAAGGUCAGGCCGAUCCUGAAGAUCAUGAAGAAGCAAACCGCAGAAAAAUGGGACGGUCAAUGCGAGGCGAUGUUUCAGGAGAUAAAGGAAUUGAUCAGCAGUCCCCCCAUAAUGACCCGACCGGUAGAAGGAUUGCCUCUGCAAUUAUACUUGUCAGUAUCAGAUGACACGAUCAGUGCGGCCUUAAUACAAGAAGUCCCUGAGCAGCGGCCCGUUUAUUUCAUCAGUCGAGUGUUGCAGAGUGCAGAAACAAGGUAUUAG